AUGGGCGUGUCCGGGUUGUUGCCUCUGCUCAAGUCAAUCCAGAAGCACACGGAGCUCAAGAACUUCAAGGGCAAGACACUUGGCGUUGACGCAUAUGGCUGGCUCCAUCGAGGGGCCAUUGCUUGUGCAAAUGAGCUUGCCCAGGGGAAACCGACGCGCAGAUAUGUUCAAUUUGCAAUGGGCCGAGUCCAAAUGCUACAACACUUCGGCGUCACCCCGUACAUAGUAUUCGACGGCGAUUUCCUUCCCAGCAAGGCCGGAACCGAAGCAACCCGAGCCCGUUCUCGAGAAGAGCACAAGAAGAAGGGCACAGAGUAUCUCAAGGCCGGCAAGCCGAGUGCCGCGUGGAAAGAAUUCCAAAAGGCGAUCGAUGUCACCCCAGAAAUGGCACGCCACCUGAUUGACGAGCUAAAGAAACUCAACAUUUCCUACGUCGUCGCACCGUACGAGGCCGACGCGCAGAUGGUGUACCUGGAACGAAAAGGCCUGAUCGACGGCAUUCUGUCCGAAGACUCGGAUCUCCUUGUUUUUGGCGCCAAACGUCUCGUAACAAAGCUCGACAAGUUCGGCGGAUGUGUCGAGAUUAACCGACGCGACUUUUGUGCGUGUCGGGAAGUGUCGCUGACCGGCUGGUCUGACCAAGAUUUUCGACGGAUGGCGAUCCUUAGUGGAUGUGACUACCUCGAUGGCCUCAAAGGCACUGGUAUCAAGACUGCGUACCGCUACCUUCGCGAGUACAAGACCCCGGAAAGGGUUGUGCAGCGCAUCCAGUUUGAAGGAAAAGCCACCGUCUCCGAAAAUUACUUGUCCAUGUUUUACCAAGCGGAACUAACCUUCCUUCACCAACGCGUCUUCUGCCCCGAGAAGCAGGAACUUGUUCUCUUGACUGAGGACCCCACGAACGAGGCUGAAAAGCUCCCGUUCAUUGGCGCCUCCGUAGAACCCGAGCUGGCGCGAGCCAUCGCUGUCGGAGACGUCAACCCAAUCACGAAACAGCGCAUCGUCGUCGAAACCACGCCGUACAUUGACUCGGCGAGGGUGGCACAAAGGGGUGGCCAAGCUCCUGCGAUACCUCGCCUCCGACGCCAGAGUGAGAACGUCGCCACCACGCUUGCCAAUCUCAGCUAUAGCCAACCGACGCCCCGGAGAGUGACCACUUCACUAGAUGGUGUUCGAGGGCCUCCGCUCGCUUUGCCUUCGCCAACCUCCCAGCGACCCCUCAAGAAGGCCCGGCUCUGCCUUAGCGGGGAGCCAGCCAACGAACACGACGUCCCAGCCUCCCAGCAGAGCAAAUUCUUUUCGCCCAAGGCAGCAGCACCAGCGACCGCGGAGCCGACCUUACCUACCCUUUCGCGAUCUAAGUCGGCGGCUUCCACCCAAGGCGACUGUAUUCUGUCCGACGACUCUGUUGAAGAGGCUUUCAACUCGGUCCUUGAUUGGGACGACUGGACUCUACCAUCCCAACCUAAACGUACGAUCAAGGUGUUUGAUGAAGAGGCGGCGCGGAAACAGAGCCGUAGCUUGGUGGGUGAGGUAGAUUCCCCUGUUGCAACUGUCGAAACAAGCAUACCAGGUGCAACACUUGCGGAGAUGGCCCCACCAGCCUUGCCUUUGCCCGAUCGCCCUACCUCUACGCCGCCCCGAAUGUCCUCGCAACGCGUAUCCUUGGCCAAAUUCUUCUACAAUUCAGAGUCAUCCCAGUCGAGCAACAGCACGAGCCAGGACAGCAACGCUAGCAUUGAAUCCACCCCGUCUACAGUUUCGACGGUAUCCAGCGUCUACUCUCAGCGCUCGACAUUCACACCAUCUCUCAGCAGAUCGGCGACGGCCACACCCUCAACCGGCAUGUCCAUGAUGACGCCCCUGCAGAGACUUGGGAGUCAGGCCUUACAACGAACCGUCAGAUCUCCCUUGAUGUCGACCGCGGGCAACAAGAAGCCACUCCGAGGGGAGCCGAAAAGGUCGUCCCUGGCCUCCCUUCCUGUGAACCCCGCCUUUGUCCCACUGCCAAAGGUGGACGUUGACGAAGUGGCUGCCCUCAACUCGUGCGGAAGCGAGGAUCAGAUUCCGUUCAUCGAUAAGGAUACCGAGGCGGAAUCCGAUUCCGAGUUUACGACUUCGCGUACGACCCACACAAGAUUAGACUUGUCCCGAUUUCUUCAUAGCCCGCGCCGCGCCGCGCGUGCUCCCCAGGGUUCCCCGAACCACCAGGUCCCUCCUCGUCCGCCUCCCCACCGCGCGCGCCGUCGCCCUCCCCGCGCAAGCUACAACUUCUCUACGUCAGUCUUCCGCGCGGCGCAAUCGUCGGGCGAGGUCGAUGCCGAGCUCUCGGCCAAGAUUGAGAGCGAGAUCCAGUUCGAGGAGGAGGUGUCCAAGGAGGAGCAGAUGCCCGCCAGCAUCAAGGACUUUUUGUCCUCUGGCCAGUUUGAGGUUGUGGAUGUUGAGGGCAAGGAGGAGGUGAAGCUCGUCAGGAACUUUGGCGAUGAGAAACUAACGCAGACUCGUUUUCCCCCUCUCCAGGAUCACCGUCUCCUUCUCCAUCACCGAGCUCCCUACCAAGAUGAGGACUUGAUGGAGGAUGACCAGGCCUUUGACGACGAGGCCGCCGAGGUCAGGGCAACAGCCAGGGAAGCUCCCGCGACAACUCGCGCGCCGCCGCCGAGGAGGAUCUCAUCGACGAGGACGGCGACGAGUACGCCCGCCAAGGGCCCCGGCGCACUCUCGGUCGAGUGCACCGCGCAGGACGGUGCCAUCAUCAUCGACAACGUCCACUACUACGCCGAUGCCAACCAGGCCUUUGCUACUACCCCCGAGGCGUCCCACGCUCGCGUCGACGCCUACCCCGGUCCCAGCUUCUCCACCCUGGACGAGGACCUCCAGGUCCUCAUGGAGCAGUACCUCGAGGAGAGGGGUAUCUCGCAGGGCCUUGCCGUCUUCACUCCCGACUACAUUGACUACAAGGAGCAGAAGGAAUACCAGAGGUGGUUGAAGAGCGUCAAGGGCUUCAUUGACUUGUAA